AACACUGACCUCUUACUUUCCAUUAUAAUUACAAAAGAUAAUUGGAGAUAGACCGACUAUCCAACUCAAUAACAACAGCUAUGGGCAAGCGGCGCUCCAAGAAACCCAUCUUUCACAGGCGGAUUUUCGACGUUGAGGACCUUCCGGCAGAUACACUGAUGUUAAAGACGGAGGCCACAAGGACAGGUUACAAAUUAAAUACCACUGGACCCACAUCUACCGGAGUGUACGGGAUCGGAAAGAACAACACAAACCUACCGUCCAGCCAAGGAGCUUCUGUCCCGCUACAUUUUGUCGUUCUCCUGACCUUGUUCCUCCUGAGUGUAACGCUCAUCUUCUGCCUCGGCCGUCGCCGCUCCAAGUCAGCAGGAUCAAAGAGCGCCUCCUCGCGGCGGAGUAGCGGAACUACAACCACGAACAGCACCAAGGUCGUGAAAAGAACGACAUCGGUGUUAGGCACUACAAAGGAGAAGGGCGCUUCGACGUGUGAAAAAAAAGACGUUCAGAACACAAAGAAACUCAUCAAAAACAACGGACGGAGAAAGUACUACUAGUGGUUUAAGUUUGAAUCGAAAGAUAGAAUCUGGACGAAACGACUGUGACAAACCCAACCACUGAAACGGACCUAACACAGCCGUUUCCGUUAAAAGACAGUUUAAGUUUACGUAAGGCCGCAUAUUGAUUUGAUUAUAUGGAUGACAUCCACGCGCGCAUGAAUUUUUUGC